GCCUCAGGGGUUCCGUUGCUCUAAAUUUAUGGUGGCCUUUUCUCCAUUCUUCUUAUUCCUAUGCUUAUACAAGAGGGUAGAAGAGGUUGUGGAGACUAGGCAGAGUGGCCUCUGUCUCGGGGCUGGCUGGGUGCCUGCAAUCCUCCAGGGGACCACGAGAGGGUAGUAAGGAAACAGAUAAAUCUAGUAUCUGCCGCCGUGUACUGCCCUCUCGUGGUCUUCUGGAGACUUGCAGCCCAGUUCAGGUAGCCGUAGCAACAGGGCCGCCCCUGCAUUUCCGAGUCUUCCGUGUGCUUCAGCGGAAGUGACGUCAUGGAACGGAAUAACAACAGCCGCAGUUUGGUUGACAAUGUGAGGAAUGAAUCGGGGCUACGCGACUGAAAGAUGCCGAGGGGGAAGAGGAGGAACUCGGCGGCCUGUGGAAGUCAAGUGGGAGAGGUGACGCACAGCAGCCUCUGAGCCAUAGUGGAAAUCGCUAGUGCCGAAGAUUUAGACCGGAGAGACCCGGGUUGGCUUAGAUAGGGGUCUGCGAACGUGAGAAGAGCUGGGCUUGGGUCAGACCAAAAGCCUUUCGGGUCCAGCAGGUUGUUUCUUCUGCAGCUCGCUGGACGCUGGUUCUGGAGAUUAUUAGAAAUCUCAACCACUGACAUUGAAGAAGAGAAUACAUCAAAUACCUUAAGAAAGAGGUUACAUAACUGAGAUUCAGAUCAUGGAGUCUUCAACCAAUCUAGAUGUUGAUGCCCAGCUAAUUGUGGAAGAUUGUGCUGGUACCUUUAGCCUGUCUCAUAUGCCAGAUAUUAAAGUUGAACACCACAUUGAGUCCAGUGUGGAGGAAGGACCAGCUCAGAGUGUUGCCAUGGGAAUGAAAUUCAUUUUGCCCAAUAGGUUUGAUAUGAAUGUGUGUUCCCGAUUUGUCAAGUCAUUGAAUGAAGAGGAUAGCAAAAACAUUCAAGAUCAAGUGAACUCUGACCUUGAAGUGGCAUCAGUAUUAUUUAAAGCUGAGUGCAAUAUCCACACUUCUCCUUCUCCUGGGAUUCAAGUAAGACAUGUCUAUACCCCAUCAACUACUAAGCAUUUUUCACCUAUCAAGCAGUCAACCACCUUAACUAACAAGCACAGAGGAAAUGAAGUCUCUACAACACCUUUGCUUGUAAACUCUUUGUCUGUUCACCAGCUGGCAGCUCAGGGAGAAAUGUUGUAUUUAGCUACACGCAUAGAACAAGAAAAUGUAAUCAACCAUAUGGAUGAAGAAGGCUUUACUCCUCUAAUGUGGGCUGCAGCUCAUGGGCAAAUUGCAGUAGUAGAAUUUCUACUCCAAAAUGGUGCAGACCCACAAAUCUUGGGGAAAGGGCGAGAGAGUGCACUGUCAUUAGCAUGUAGUAAAGGGUAUACAGACAUUGUCAAGAUGCUGCUUGAUUGUGGAGUUGACGUAAAUGAAUAUGACUGGAAUGGUGGUACACCCUUGCUCUAUGCUGUUCAUGGGAAUCAUGUGAAAUGUGUCAAAAUACUCUUAGAACAUGGUGCUGAUCCAACCGUAGAAACUGAUUCUGGAUAUAAUUCCAUGGAUCUUGCUGUAGCCUUGGGCCAUCGUAGUGUUCAACAGGUUAUUGAGACUCAUUUAUUAACACUCCUUCAAAACAUCAAGGAAUAAUAUUAUCAUAGCUGUGGAAUAGGUGAAGAAAUGGGCUUCAUUAGAAUACCUAUCAACAUAAAGGCUUGGAAUUUUUUUAUGGUACCUUAGUCCACUCUUCAUUCUUACUACCUACCAAAUGUGUUUGAAAUGGUAGGUUACUGGCAUGCAUAUUUAGCAGUUGAUUAUAAUAGAAGAUACUGCCUUUUGUCCCAGCAAACCUUUCCUGUGCCAUAGUGCUGGUUUAUUGUUCCAAUGUUUCAGUAGGGUCUAUGGCAUUAGAAUUCCUCUAGGUUUCAAUGUUUAGAUAAGAAAAUGGGUACUAAUAACACAGCACUUGAAAGGUGAGUUCAGAAAAACUUUAUGGGUGUUUAUUCAAGCCAUUGUUUCUUCUCUUUUGGGUAAUAUUUUAAGUGAACCAUUUUUCAUCUGAGGGAUGUUCAUAGAUGUUUUAAAAUUCAAACCUAUUCUGUUUCUAUUUCAUAAAAUGUAUACCACACUUGAAAAAGGAAUUGUAAAGUAUUAUGACAAUGUACAAAAUCAUAUCCCAUGCUGAUGUAUGAUUUAUUUUAUACAUUUUAAGUAGAUAGCAAGAUAAAUGUUUAGAUCAUAUUAAAGACAUACUAUCCAGCACUUUGAUUCAGUUGGUGCCAACAGGGCAUUGUAAUGUGCAGUUCAUGUGGCUAUUUAUUUUCAUGUACAGACAAGUCAGUUCUUUGCUACACUUAGGAAGGUUUUUUCUUCUUUUUUGCUGUUUACACCCUAAUAGCAACUGACUUCUAAAAUCUUUACUAGUCUGCAAAGAGCAGAUGGACAGAAUUCUUUUUUACUCUAAUAUAGCUUGUUCUAUUUCUGUGCCGCCGUUGAAAUUCACAGGCUGAACAUGAUUUUCUACUAUAGAUUUAAGUAUUUGAAUUGGAUAGAGGAAUAAUAUAUAUACAAAAAUAUAGCUGGUCAGGGCUAUAACUUGGAAUGGCUGAAAAAUUCUUAACAUUAACACACUAUUACAAAUUAAGUAAUAGUGGUUUUAAUUAAGAGCCACCUAAAAGAAUAAACGUAUCUCAUUGUAAUGCUUGUUCAAAGCCUUUGAUUUUAGAAACGUGAUCAAAAAUACUGACUACUAAAUGAAAUUAUUCUGGAUUGUAACAAAUUAGCAACCCAUCCAUUUUUGCAUUCAAUAGAUAGUAACCUGAAUAUUAUUAAUCAUAUUUAUUGCAUGUUAUAUGGAACUGUUAAUUCUCACACUAAAACACAAAAAGCACGAGGUAAACAUGUUUCAUUGAAAAUGCUGAAAUAUGUCUCUACACUGCUAUGGGAAAAUUGUGCAAUACUUGAUAUAUGGUAGGUUCUCCUACUAUGAGAAUCUUACUAGCCAAAGAGAAUUGUUUAGAUUCUGCUACUUAAAUUUUAGGUGGCUGAAAACAUGUGUACCUCUCAAUGUGUAUUUAAUAUGCUAUGUGUUAGUAUUAUUUUAUUCCCAUGCCUUCUGAGAUAAAAUGCUGUUUUUUGGUUUUAUAAAAUUGUGACUUGAAAACAAACUUACAUUUUUUAAACUGUUUUCAAAGUGGUUACUUUAUAUAAAGUACAACUUGUGUUUUUGAGCUGUUGUCUAUCAUGAUUUCUUUUUAAAUCUGUUUUUGUAUUUAGUACUUUUUAGAAAAAGCUUUUCCUUAGUAUUUAUAACCACAAGCAACCUACAUGUUGCAGUCAUUCCAUACUUUCUUUUCACCAUUAAAUAGUAUAGCAGUUGUCACAUUUUUUCCUGUAGAUCACUGAAAUUGCUAAAGAUGUUAGCAAACCAUUCACAUGUAGUAUUGCCAUAUAAAUAAAAAUGCACGAGUCAUCUUGAUAAUUUUUCUUCCACAAUAGCAUAUUUAAAUCAAAGACUGUAUUCUAAAACCUCAUAAAACCCUGGAAGUUUUAUUGAAAGCAGCUAGACAGCAUCAACACAAUAUAGCUAUCUGGUAAAAUAGAUGUAAUUCCUGCCACUGGCUAAUAAUAGAUAAUAGUUGGGUUAUUGCAGGUAUUAUAUAUUUCCCUACAGUAUAACCUUUCCAGUCAGACUGCAGUCUGAGAUCCUCUCAUCUACAGUAGUCAAUUUUUAAGGAGUAUAAUCUUGUUAAAAUGGGGGGAUGCUCUAUACUUCAUGCAGCUUAACUGCUUUUGUUUUAUAACUGAGGACAAGGAUUUGCCCAUGAUCAUUUUCUUAGCAGCAGCAUGGAACUGAUUUGCCACUAUCUUCUUCCAGAAUAUUGUUUCAACUUUUCAGUGCAGCCUACAGUUCUGGGAUUUCCUAGUGAUCCUUCAUCCAAAUAGUACCCAAGACAGACUACUUAGCCAUGACAUUAAUUACUACUAAGAAAAAAAGGCUUAUUUAUGUUAUUUUAGAGUACAAAUUGCUCUUCAAAUGUAUUCAUCUUGCCUGUGCCUAUCUUUUUUAAAUAGGCAACUUAACACAACAAAAGCCCUUCUUUGAUCUAAGACUGAAAUACAGAUUUUUACACCAAGUUUUUGUCCAAACAUCAGUGUAGCUAAUGCAUUAAAAUUAAUAUUUUACCUAAAAAUCAAUUCAACCAAGGGACAACAUCCACUGACAUGAACUGUUCACUAGUGAACAUUACUGUAUUGAUGUCUACUGUACUCAUAAGUUUUUCUGUGAGAUAGCAGUGUCUAAACAAUCUUGUUUCCAAUUCAAUAUUAUUCUUUGUACCUAGCAGAAUGAACACAAUUCUGCUGCUAAUGAUCCAGUUACUCAAGAUAAAGCAGAGUCAUUUGGUGCUUUGUUGUCAAACUGCUGUCUCAAAAGUAAAAACAAAAUGGAAAUCAGAAUGACCACUGAUGGUGGUAGUUAGAUCUAUGGAUUGCAGUGAUUCUGAACAAUUCUUUAUAUUAACUUCCACAUGGAAAGGAAAAUGGCAAUAGCUGUAAAGAAUAAACUAAGGGGGGAAAAAUCACCCUAUCACUAAAAUCACAGUAACUCAAAGAUUAAUCCUGAUUAUUUGGAUGUAUAUUGUAGAUACUUUUAGGCUCAUUUGAAACCCUGUGACCUUAUUCUUCUGCAUUGCCCAAACAACAUUUUAUAGCUAUAUCUAGUAAAUAAAGAUUACUGAUACAUUAUAGAGUUCUUCAUAUUCACUUAAACAAAAAAGAAUUAAACUUGGAGGGAUACGGUGUAUGUUAAAUUAUAUCCUAAGUUACCCUUCUCCGUUUUAGUAUCCUCAACAUCAGUUAGAUUUCAUCUCUUAUAAUUCCCAAAUAAUAUACAGUAGCUGCCCUGCUGGUUAAGAACUUAGAGAGCUGAAGUCCAGCAUAUCCAGAGGAGACCAGAUAAAGGCUAUGCUAAACCAACCUUAAAGCCUUUAGCUAAAAGGCUGAGUAUUCAUAACACUCAGCUAUCUAACCUGCUUGUCUUGUAUUCAGGUCAAAUCUGGACCACCAACAAUAAUCUAGUUGUGACCUUAAGCCCAGUUCAGUAUGUUGGAAUAAAUAUUUAUAAUAGGUAAUGCAACAGAGGUGGACCUGGAAGAUCUUUAACUUAUUAUCACAUCAUCUGUGAUUUCCUUUGACAAGAUUUAAAACCAACAAGCUCCGUUUCCCACCACUAUCACAAGUAACUAAUUAUUUUGAAUUACAUACAAAAAUACCAAUAAAGUAUUUGCCUAAAGAUUUAGUCUUUAUUAGCUUUUUGACUUAGUACUUUUCCAUUUUGUGCACUUCUAGCCCACCUGCAUCGUGCACUAACAAUAACUGAAGAGAGCUGCAUUGAAGGGAGUUUCCAAAUAUUA